GGAACUGAAAGGUUUUGCCCAGCCCUCACUCUGCAGAUGAGAAAACACCUGCUACUUUAGUCAACAAAUGGAUGUGUUCACUCUUGUGACUGGCGUGCCCCUGAUCAGAGUUACUCUGAUCUGAAGAAUUUGGUGUUUAAAGCAUUAAGAUAAUAGCCUGAAUUGUUCAUGGAGUUUUUCAUCAGUAUGUCUGAAACCAUUAAAUAUAAUGACGAUGAUCAUAAAACUCUGUUUUUGAAAACACUAAAUGAACAGCGCCUGGAAGGAGAAUUUUGUGAUAUUGCUAUUGUGGUUGAGGAUGUGAAAUUCAGAGCACACAGAUGUGUUCUUGCAGCCUGCAGCACCUACUUUAAAAAGCUUUUCAAAAAGCUUGAGGUUGAUAGCUCUUCAGUAAUAGAAAUAGAUUUUCUUCGUUCUGAUAUAUUUGAAGAAGUCCUGAACUACAUGUACACAGCAAAGAUUUCAGUGAAAAAAGAGGAUGUUAACUUAAUGAUGUCAUCUGGUCAGAUUCUUGGUAUCCGAUUUUUGGAUAAACUCUGUUCUCAGAAGCGUGAUGUAUCUAGUCCUGAUGAAAACAAUGGCCAAUCAAAAAGUAAGUAUUGCCUCAAAAUAAAUCGACCUAUUGGAGAUGCUGCUGAUACUCAGGAUGAUGAUGUGGAAGAAAUUGGAGAUCAGGAUGACAGUCCCUCUGAUGAUACAGUAGAAGGCACCCCCCCGAGUCAGGAGGACGGCAAGUCUCCCACAACUACGCUCAGGGUUCAGGAAGCCAUCUUGAAAGAGCUGGGGAGCGAGGAAGUACGAAAAGUCAACUGCUAUGGCCAGGAAGUAGAAUCCAUGGAAACUCCAGAAUCGAAAGAUUUGGGGUCCCAGACCCCUCAAGCCUUAACAUUUAAUGAUGGAAUGAGUGAGGUGAAGGAUGAACAGACACCAGGCUGGACAACAGCUGCCAGUGACAUGAAGUUUGAAUACUUACUCUAUGGCCACCAUCGGGAGCAGAUUGCCUGUCAGGCUUGUGGUAAGACAUUUUCAGAUGAAGGCAGAUUGAGGAAGCAUGAAAAACUCCACACGGCAGACAGGCCAUUUGUUUGUGAAAUGUGUACAAAGGGUUUUACCACACAGGCCCACCUUAAAGAACACCUAAAAAUCCACACAGGAUAUAAGCCCUACAGUUGUGAAGUGUGUGGAAAAUCAUUUAUUCGCGCCCCAGACUUAAAGAAGCAUGAGAGAGUUCACAGUAAUGAAAGACCAUUUGCAUGCCAUAUGUGUGACAAAGCCUUCAAACACAAGUCCCACCUCAAAGAUCAUGAGCGAAGACACAGAGGGGAAAAGCCUUUUGUAUGUGGCUCUUGCACCAAGGCAUUUGCCAAGGCAUCUGAUCUGAAAAGGCACGAGAACAAUAUGCACAGUGAAAGGAAGCAGGUUACCCCCAGUGCCAUCCAGAGUGAGACAGAACAGUUGCAGGCAGCAGCGAUGGCUGCAGAAGCGGAGCAGCAGUUGGAAACGAUAGCUUGUAGCUAGAGGUGACGGGACAGGAACACUCCGCCUGAGCCACAGGACUGAGAUUGCAUUGUUCAUAAUAAAUAAAUGCCAGUCACUGUAUUUUUGUGAAAUUUGUGGAGCAUUAUACUCGCUGGACUUAAGGCAGUGCUUGGCUAGGUAUUUUGAAAACUUUACAAGGAAAUAACAUUCCUUGGUUUUGACCAGUUUCACUGUCUGUCUAGUGUCUAGUAUUAAUGUUGCCAGUGACCCCCUCCCUCUUUUUUAUUAUUUUAAUUUGAGAGCUGUGUCCACUUCAGAAGUGAGAGACUUCUAUUCCAUUGUUAAUUCCUCUUUACACUUGCUGCACUGGUGUGUGCACUGCACAGAGUGAUAAUUGAGUACAUUGAUUUCCUAAUUGCAAUUACAUGUGACUUAUGGUCAUAACAUUUUUAAUAACUUAAUAAAAAUACUUCAUGUAGAACAAAGAAAAUACUGCUGGGUGGUUGACCAAGAA